CCCCCCUCCCAUAAAUGAUCUCCGCCGAAAUCUUCUCUGCGAUGGUAAGACUCAACCGCCUCCGGAUCCUAUUACUCCUAGCAUUCUGAUCCGAGCACGCGACUCCACUAAGAAGCGAUUCCGCGCGAGAGUAGCCACCUGAGAAGGAUCGAUCCUCGUCGUGGGCAACAAUGGCGACGGCGUGGGGUCGCGCCAAGCGCGCUCUCGCCAACAAGCUCUGCAUCCUCGUGCCGGAGCGCCAACGGGCCAUCGAGGAUGGAUCGCCGGGGAGGGAAGCGUCCCCGCGACCAUCGGCGGCUUCUGUGCCGGAGGAGAAGGUGAAGUCGCCUUCCGUAUCCCUGCGGCGGCUGUCCAUGUCCAGUUCUGGUAGCCGGAGUUCCAAGAGAGUAUGUGCCAUCUGCCUUGGUGGUAUGAGAACAGGGCAUGGGCAAGCGUUGUUUACUGCAGAAUGCUCCCACAAAUUUCACUUUCAAUGUAUCUCUUCAAACGUUAGGCAUGGCAACCAUAUCUGUCCAAUAUGCCGUGCUGAGUGGAAAGAACUUCCUUUCCAGGGAACUCAACCUGCAGAUGCAACUCAUGGCAGAGCUAGAGUAAGCCCAGUAAAUUGGGCCCAGGAUGAUGGACACAUGGCUGUUAUUCGCAGGCUUAACCACAGUUACAGUUGGAAUCUACAUGAUCAUUUUCCUGUCUUCCGUACUCCUGAGGCAGACAUUUUCAAUGAUGAUGAGCACAUAGAUCUUCAGUCGGAAACCGUGGACAAUUACGAUGCAGUUACUGGUUCAGUUGAAAUCAAGACAUAUACAGAAUUCCAAGCCAUACAAGAAUCAGUGACCCAGAAGGUCUUUGCUAUCUUAAUCCAUCUCAAGGCUCUAAAGUCCUCGGACUCAGUUGACUCCCGUGCACCUCUUGACCUCGUAACCGUGCUUGAUGUCAGUGGUAGCAUGAAAGGGACCAAACUUGCACUUCUCAAGAGUGCAAUGAGCUUCGUCAUUCAAACACUUGGACCAAAUGACCGGUUGUCUGUGAUUGCCUUCUCAUCUACAGCACGGAGGCUCUUCCCACUGCGCAGGAUGACCUUAAUCGGUCGACAACAAGCCUUGCAAGCUGUGAACUCCCUUGUUGAUGGUGGUGGCACAAACAUUGCCGAUGGGCUAAAAAAGGGUGCUAAAGUGAUUGAACACCGUCGGCUAAAGAAUCCUGUUUGCAGCAUCAUUCUUCUCUCCGAUGGUCAAGACACUUAUACAGUCCCAUCUCCUAAUGCAGUUCGGCCAACUCACAGUCUACUUGUUCCUCCUUCAAUCUUGCCUGGAACAGGUAAUCAUGUACAGAUCCACACAUUUGGUUUCGGUGCAGAUCAUGACUCUGCUGCGAUGCAUUCUGUUGCCGAGACAUCUAGUGGCACAUUUUCAUUUAUUGAGAAUGAAGGUUCAAUACAAAAUGGAUUUGCUCAGUGCAUUGGUGGUCUUCUCAGUGUUGUUGUUAAGGAGAUGCAGCUUGGCAUUGAGUGUGUAGACGAAGGUGUGGUGCUUACCUCCAUCAAGUCAGGCAGCUACACAAGUCAAAUAGACGAAGAUGAGCGUAAUGGGUCAGUUGAUAUUGGUGACCUUUACGCAGAUGAAGAGAGAGGAUUUCUAAUCACUCUAUGUGUUCCAGCUGCAGAAGGACAGACUGUGCUGAUCAAACCAAGUUGUACAUACCAAGAUACAACCAUGACAGAGAACAACCAACUAUAUGGUGAAGAAGUGAGUAUUCAACGUCCCGCAUAUUGUGUAGACUGUAAAAUGUCUCCCGAGGUUGAGCGCGAGUGGCAUCGCGUUCAAGCCAUGGAGGACAUGUCUGCUGCGCGGGCUGCAGCUGAGGAAGGCGCUUUCUCCCAGGCUGUGUUGAUCCUCGAAGGUCGCAAGAGGAUACUGGAGAUACAGGCAGCACACUCUUCGGACAGCCAGUGCUUGGCGUUGAUUACAGAGAUCCAGGACAUGCAGGAAAGGGUGGAGAACCGGCGUAGGUACGAAGAAUCGGGCAGAGCUUUCAUGCUUGCAGGCCUGAGCUCGCACUCGUGGCAGAGAGCCACCGCACGUGGUGAUUCGACGGAGCUCACCACCCAAAUUCACACCUACCAGACGCCAUCCAUGGUUGACAUGCUGCAGCGCUCGCAGACUCUCAUGCCCUCUGUCGCUGGAAUGUUGAACCGAUCCUCACCAAUUGUUCCUUCAUUCAGCUCCAGUCGACCAGUCAGACCAACAAAAUCCUUCUCGGAUCAGCUUGCGUCAUCGGGAUCAAGUUUCCAAAAAUAACUUUGCGAAGUUGGUUAAUUAGGAGGUUCAAGACUAUUUUUUCAAGAAGCAGGAGAUUCAAGAUUAUCCAUUUUUCUUGUCUGAUUUCUACAGCUUUUGAUUCCAACUGGUUGUUGCACAUGAUUAUUGUUUUUAAGGGUUGAUAAAUGUCAUAGAAGCUGACGUUGUGCUAUUCUUUUUUUGUCUUAUACAUAAAUAUGCCACCUUUGAAUUUUAUAGGAAUGAUAUAAGCUUUCAUUGUCUUGA